AGUCAUCAGAUUAUGGAAUCUGGCUACCUACUUAUGCUAUUGAUGGAUUGUUGACCACCAUGGCCCACACCAAAUCAGAGACUGACCCGUGGUGGAGAGUGGACCUACUGAAAGUAUACAGAGUGAACAGAGUCACCAUCACCAAUAGAAAUAUCUAUGCUGAUAGGAUUAACGGGGCGGUGAUUCGUAUCGGAAACUUUCUUGACGUUUACAGCAACACCAUAUGUGGUGUGAUUUCUACUCUUGCGGCCAGUGCCACUGCCACUUUCUCAUGCGGUGGGAUGGUGGGACGUUAUAUGAUUGUUCAUCUUCCUGGAGAUGACAAAAUGCUUACUCUUGUUGAAGUUGGAGUCUACGGGUAUUUGGCAGGAAAUCGUGCAGUAGAAGGAGCCGUAACACAGUCUUCGACAUUUGCGGGCUGGUUUGCUGAAAAGGCCACUGAUAGUAAUCGUGGCUUCAAGCAGUUGAAUACAGCAUGCACCUCAACCCUUAAUGAGUCUAACCCAUGGUGGAGGCUGGAUCUGCGUGAUGUUUACCGAGUUAGUGAAGUGGUCAUCACUAACAGAAAUGACAGCUAUGCAGGACAAAUAAACGGAGCGGAAAUUCGCAUCGGAAUCUCUUUGGAGAACAAUGGCAGCAACAAUCCCAUAUGUGCUGUUAUUUCUACUAUUCCAGCAGGUGAGUCCUACAACUUCUCAUGUAAUGGGAUGGAGGGACGUUACAUGAUUGUUCAUAUUCCUGGAGAUUGGGAGAUUCUUAGUCUUUGCGAGGUUGAAGUCUACGGGUAUUUGGCAGAAAAUCUGGCAGUAGCUGGUGCUUCUACACAGUCAUCAACAUCUGAGAACUGGUUUGCUGAAAAAGCCAUUGAUCGAGGUCUCCAGCAGUUGUAUACGGGAUGCUCCUCAACUCUCAGUCAGACUAACCCAUGGUGGAGGCUGGAUCUACAUCAUAUUUACCGAGUUAACAGAGUGGUCAUCACUAACAGAAACGACUGCUGUGCAGAACGAAUAAACGGAAUGGAGAUUCGCAUUGGAAACACUUUGGAGAACAACAGCAACAACAAUCCCAUAUGUGCUGUUAUUCCUGCUAUUCCAGCAGGUGAGUCCUACAGCUACUCGUGCGGUGGGAUGGAGGGACGUUACGUGAAUCUAAUCAUUCCUGGAGACAUGAAGAUACUCACUCUGUGUGAGGUGAAAGUCUAUGGAGAAGGUCCCUGUAUUAAAAAAUCAUUUGUAAAAAUGCAGUUUAAGUCCAGCAAUGAUUUGACUGUCUCUACAAUGAGAGAAAACGUACUGAAACAGUUGAGAUCUGCUCUAGCUGCUAGAGGAUUGACAGAUGUGACUCUGCGUUGGUCUCAAACCCCUAAACGGGUGAUCAAGAAAGUGAAUGUAGCUAAUCCAGAAUGUCAUUGAAGUAGGGAAAAUUAAUACUCUGGAAAUCAACACUGCCUUUAAUUCACUACAUUCAUAUUCAUUAAAGAUGAUUUUCAUUCUAAUUACACUGGCUGAAUUUUCUUCAUGUGUUUACUAUGUGAAUACUUUUAAAGCAGAACUAUUGUAAAACUAUCUUGUGUAAUUGUGUAUUGUCAACAAAUAAAGAUAUCAAUACAUAUAAUUAAAA